AUGAAUCGUGUUCGUCUUUCGAAUUUGCUAACAAGUCAGAAGACUCUCAAUUUCUUACGAUAUGCAAAUGUGAACACAUCAUCACAGACGAAGGAUGAAAAGAAACUUAGUGAUAUUUUGAAGAGUCGCUUUCCAAACGCACGCCUUGUUGAUGUAAAAGAUACUUCAUCUGGCUGUGGCGCAAGUUAUGAAAUUGUUGUUGUCGCCGAUGAGUUUGCCAAAAUGCGCACUGUGAAUCAACAUCGUUUAGUGUCCGAUGCAAUCAGCAAACAAUUACCUAAUAUUCACGCCAUUCGAAUAUUUACUGGUACAAACGAAAAAGAAUUUCUGGAUUCUUGA